GCUUCUUCUUCUUCUUAGCUUCUUCCGGGGUCAGUCAGUAGUUCACUCCAUCCACGAUGAGCAACAACGCUUCGAAGCGAAAGGCGGCCGACGACGGCGGCGGGUCCGACUCGGACGACUCGUCGUCGUCGUACGACCCCUCGGUGAUCAACGUCGACUUUGACUUCCAGGCGCCGUCCGAGAUUGACUUUCAGGCCAUCAAGCGCCUCCUCCAGCAGCUCUUCUACACCCACGCCGCCUCGGGCGACAUUGAUCUCUCUGUCCUCGCGCAGCAUGUGCUCGACAUGGCCGCCAGCGCCGAGGCAAGCCUGGGCACCGUCAUCAAGGUCGAGGGCGACGAGGACAUGGAUCCGUUUGCCUUUAUCAGCGCUGUUGAUCUCUCGAAAGCGACAUCAUCAGCAGCAGGCCGCGAGCUGACCAAGUACUUUCAAGCGCGCCUCGCCUCGUCGUCGUCGUCACUGCCACAGAGCAAGGCGAUGCAGGACCUCUUUACGUCUGCGUCGGCGAGACCGCUGCUGGUCCUGCACGAGCGCAUGAUCAACCUGCCCCCCGCGACGGCCCCGCCGCUGUACCGCAUGGUCAUGGACGAGGUGGCGCAGGCCAAGGACCUCAGCGAGUACACCCACCUCGUCUUUUUCUCCCGCGUCUUUUCCUCGGACGCCUUUUCUGACGACGACGACGAUGAUGACGAUGGCGAGGGCGAGGAAGAGAAUGGCAGAGACAGGGCGCGGGGAGAGGGUGCAGGUGGAAAAAGGAGCGCAGGCGCGACGCGGGCCAAGCGGAGAAAGGCACAGGCAAAGCAGGCCAUCAAGAACGAGACGAUUGCCAAGGGCGCCGUGGGCACCGAGGACGAAGAGAUGGGCCUAUUCCACCCCGAGGACGCCCUCAUCGCACGCCGGGCGGCCCACACGCACACAUUCCGCUUCCCGGCGCCCAAGGAUGCGGCAAAGGACUUUGAGGCGCCCAUGUUUGGCCGAAUCGCCGUCGUGGCCCGCGCAAGGGACAACAACAUGGCCCAGCUCAUCGAAGAGAUGCAGGCUGCCUUUGAAGGCACAGCACCCAUGGCAGUCGAGUAAUUCGCUUCUCUCUCUCUCUUUCUCUUUCUCCUUCUUCUGUAAUGCCUAUUUGUACAAGCGUGAC